AAAAAAAAAAAAGGCCUGACACUCAAAAGAAAUUGUCGGCAAUGAAAUGAUGCCCUCCUUCCUCUUCAUGAAAAGCAAAAGAAAUAACUCAUUGACCCAAAAAGACUUGGACUCCCAUUGGAGACGUUGGAGAUAGCUGACCAUAAAAACCGUGUAACCUCUCUCUAUGUUCGCCAUUACUUAUCUCUCUCUCUAUACGUCUCUUUUCUGAGGCUGUUAGCUUUGCUUCUUGCUGAUCUUGUAUUUUUUGUGAGUUUCUUGUUGGCUUGCUGAUCUUGUGGUUGUUGUCUUACCAAUUCUCUGGCGUUGUAUCAUUAAGCUAAAGUUACUGCCUUGCUUCGUCUCCAUUUUCAUAUAAUUGCUUGUUCAGUGUUUACAGCAGAAGCUGCGGAUUUCCAAUGGCGUUGAGCACCCAAAGAGCCUCUGCUUUUCAUCCUUCAGCUGAUCAGUCGGCUCCUCCUCAAUGGAACUACGAUGUGUUUUUGAGUUUCAGGGGUGCAGACACUCGAAAUAGCUUUGUGUCCCAUUUAUACCACGAAUUGCAGCACAGGGGCAUUAAAACAUUCAAGGAUGAUCCAAAGCUUGAAAGAGGGACAACUAUUUCUUCUGAGCUCUUCAAAGCAAUCCAAGAAUCGAGGCUUGCAAUCGUUGUUCUCUCGCCAAACUAUGCUUCUUCUUCCUGGUGCUUGGAUGAACUUACAAAGAUUCUCCAAUGCAUGAAAUCCAACGGCUCAGUGCUGCCUGUGUUUUAUAAUGUGGAUCCCUCCGAUGUGCGAAAACAAAGCGGCAGUUUUGCAGGGGCGUUCGCUGAGCAUGAGAAAAGGUUUAGGGAAGACAUAGAAAAAGUGAAGCGCUGGAGAGCUGCUUUAACAGAAGUUGCCAAUUUAUCUGGGUUUGAUUCAAAGAAUGAGUGUGAAAGAAAGCUCAUUGAAAAGAUUGUUGAAUGGGUGUGGGGGAAAGUGCAUCGCACAUUCAAAUUGUUAGAUUCCACAGAGUUAGUGGGAAUUAAGUUUACACGUGAGCAAAUGGAUUUGCUUCUAGAUCCUACAGAUGAUGUUCGCUUUGUAGGGAUAUGGGGGAUGGGAGGCAUUGGCAAGACAACCAUUGCUAGGCUUGUUUAUGAAAGCAUUUCUAUUCAUUUUGAAGUUAGCUGCUUUCUUGCUAAUGUUAGAGAGGCUUCUGAAGGUAAUCGUCUUGUUGAUCUACAAAGACAGCUGCUUUCCCCGAUUUUGAAUGAACAAAUUACUCAAGUUUGGGAUGAAGAGUGGGGGGCCUAUUUGAUUAAGAGUUGCUUAUGUAAUAAAAAGGUUCUUCUCAUUCUUGAUGAUGUGAAUGCAUCAAGCCAACUAGAGAAAUUUGCGAAGGAAAAGGAUUGGUUUGGUAAGGGGAGUAUAAUCAUCAUUACAACUCGAGAUGAACGGUUGGUUAAAAAGCAUGAUAUGGAGAUAUCAUAUAAGGUAGAGGAAUUAGGUGAUGAUGAGGCUCUUGAGCUCUUUAGUCUGAACGCCUUUAAAAAAUUUGAGUCUGAGGAAGGUUUUUGGGAAUUGUCCAAGUGCUUUGUAAAUUAUGCUGGAGGCCUUCCAUUAGCUCUUAAAAUUUUGGGAUGCUCUAUGUAUAAGAGAGAUCGAGAUGAAUGGAAAAAUGAAUUGGAUAAGCUACGGAAAAUUCCUGAGACAGAAAUUUUUGAUUUGCUCAAAAUCAGUUUUGAUAGACUAGAUGAGAUGAACAAGAAUAUAUUUCUUGAUGUUGCAUUUUUCCUUAAGGGGAUGGGCAUGAAUAAAGUAAUUGGAAUACUAGACAGUUGUGACCGUUGUGGUGGGAUAAAUGCUCUGGUUGAGAAGUCGCUCUUUACUAUUGAUAUUUCAAACAAAGGUAACAUUGUUGGGAUGCAUGAUUUGAUACAAGAAAUGGCAUUUGAAAUUGUUCGUCAAGAGUCUCCUGAAGAGCCUGGUGGACGCAGUCGAUUGUGUCAUCGUAAUGACAUCAUUCAUGUAUUGAUAAACAAUACGGCAACUAGCAAAAUUCAAGGCAUCGCCUUAAGCAUGGAAAAACUUGAAAAGGCAGAUUGGAAUUGUGAAGCAUUCUCUAAGAUGAUCAACCUAAAAUUUCUUGAAGUUGAUAAUGUGAUCAUUUCCUCAAUCCCCAGAAUUCUUCCUAAUUCCUUAAGAAUUAUGAAAUGGAAUCGGUAUCCUUCCAAAUAUCUCCCAUCAAAUUUUCAACCGAAUAAACUUGUUUCACUUGAGAUGCGGGACAGCAAACUAGUUGGGCUCUGGGAUGAAGGAGUUGACUUGCCCAAUUUGAAAUACAUGGACCUUAGUUGCUCUCGAAACUUGGCAACAACCCCAAAUUUCACUGGCAUCCCAAAACUCCAGGUGUUGAAUCUUGAAGAGUGUGAGAAUUUAGUUCAGAUUCACUCGUCCAUUGCAUUUCUCAAAUGGCUUACAUAUUUAAUACUAGACGGAUGCAAAAGUGUUAAGAGUCUUCCAAGGGAGGUAGAAAUGGAUUCUCUUAUAUAUUUAAGUCUUUCAGGUUGCUCAAAACUGAAAAAGAUUCCAGAAUUUUCAGGACAAAUGGAAAAUUUGUCACAACUUAAUUUAGGAUGGACGCCCAUUGAGAAAUUACCUUCAUCAAUUGGACGUCUUGUUGGCCUUACUAUUCUGCAUGUAUACAAUUGUGAAAAUCUCUUGGAUCUUCCGAGCGAAAUUUGUAAUUUGAAGUCUCUUGAAAUACUCAAUGUGAUAGGAUGCCGAUACAGCGACAAACACCCAGAAAACCUGCGGGGCCAUUCAAAGAAACCAAGGUUUCGGUGGGGCCUCCAAAGAAAGGCUUUUGUGUUGGGUUCGCUACAUGGUUUAUGGUCUUUGACAAAAUUGAAUCUGAGUGAUUGUGGACUUUGUGAUAUUUCGGGUGAUAUUGGCUGCUUGUCCUCUUUACAAGAAUUAGACCUUAGUCGAAACAAUUUUGUUAGCCUUCCUGCAAGCAUUGGAUGUCUUACUAAGCUUAGGUAUUUUCGGGUGUAUGAGUGCCGAAGGCUUCAACAAUUGCCCCAUCUCCGCUUUGGAUUGGUUGAUGAUGAAGACUUCUGCUUUAUUAACAUGAACAUAAACGAUUGCACUUCCUUAAAAAUGUUGCCAAAGUUGAGCAUAAAAAACGGAAGAAGUUAUGUUACUUUGAGGUGUGUGAAUUGCACUGGAUUGGUUGAGAAUGAUGGCUGCGAUGAUUAUUGGAGAUUCGUUCAGGUACCUACACUGAUUUGGCCUCCUUCCAAUUUCCGAAUUUUAACACCUGGAAGUAGAAUUCCAGAGUGGUUCAAUAAUCAAAGUGUAGGAGAUUCCUUAAUUGUGGAGCUACCUCCAUGUACCACGUCCAUUUGGAUUGCUUUUUGUGCUGUCUUUGAAGAAGCCCCUGUGGAUCACCCAAAUCCACCUCCUUACCUUUCUAGAUCUUUUCAAAUUGAAUGUCGCCUAGAAGGUCACCCUGUGCAUAGACAAGCCAUUGAUACAGGCCAUCUUGUGUCACCUCAUCUUUGGGUAUCUUGUGUAUAUCGUUAUGUAGUCGACAAAGAAUGCAAUCAGAUGAAGAUUUCAUUCCAUACUUUUUAUGACCUUUUCCCUCCGUCCGCCGGCAGAAUAUAUUGCUCGGGUAUAAAGAAGUGUGGGUUCCGUUUGGUGCACAAGCAAGACGUGGAAGAACUCAACCAAAUCAUGAUGAUGAACCACUCCAUCAACAUCAGCACAAAAGCUACUUCUCCUCACAAUUCAGCUGAUGCAAGUGCAAGCUCUCACCAAAAAUCUCUCUGCCGCAAAAGCUGUGCUCUUUCCAAAUGGUUUUUAACAAAACUUGUAAAGAUUUUCUCCCUCUUUUUAACAACUGCAGUUUUUAUCAACUCUUUCAACACUAGCGAACAAUGGGGGUGCAUAGGAUUUCUGAUUUGGAGGGUAACCACUUUGAUUUCCUACUUAGGCCUUGCACCCUCUUAUUUUUCGCUAUUGUUGAAAAGUUUAAUAAAAACUGUCAUUCUUAAAAGAGCAGCUAAAUUUUUGCAACCUUUGUUAAAAACGCCGCCUCCUCAAAUGUCUGCACAUAAAUACUUGCAAGGCUAAUGACGUCUUCUCACAAUUGAUAUUAACCUAGCUGAUCAAAAGUAGUCAACUCAAUUUUGGGGUCUUGAUACAGGAUUUGGAGCUGAUCAAAAGUAGUAGCACCUCAAGAGCUACAAGCUCAUUAGACCAACCUUUGUUAUAAUGGUUUGAUUCUUAUUGACACAACUUACGUUACUAUUUCAACUGCUCUAUUUUGUUGUGUGCAGGAUGGAAUAAGCCAACAAGAAUUUUCAAUCAUAAUCUUUGCAUUGAGAAUUGAUCGUAUCUGCAGCCGAUCAAUUGCUUUGUCGGGAUUCCUACUUUGUCUGCUUCACUUCAUCAAGGCAUCAAGUAGUAGAAAAAUAUUCCACAAUACCACUAUAUACA